AUGCCACCGUGGACAGAACUCUGUCUGCUGGAUGUUGGCAGCAGCUAUGGCGCCUUCUGCGGUCGCGGGUUGCACGUGGUCGCGCUGGAUUUGGCCCCGGCACAUCCAGAGGUCCUGGCUGGUGACUUCCUGCAGAUCGAGGUGAAAGAUGCCAAAGAGCUUCGGACCUUGGAUGCCUCGGGUCGCUUGAUUUCGCUCAAGGCCGCGGGUUUCGACGCUGUGGUGAUGAGCCUGGUCCUAUCAUUCCUGCCGACGCCACAGCUUCGUCGAGCGAUGCUGGAUCAGGCUCGCCGAUGCCUGUGCCCGGGAGGAGCGCUCCUCCUCGUAGAGAAGACUUCCUUAGCACCAACCGGUCCAUCCGGCGCCACACAGCGCCGGCGCUUCGAGGAAGCGCUGUCCGCUGCUGGCUUUGAGAUAAGGAGGUAUGCAGCUGUUGGGCAUCUUGAAGGUGAACGGCAUCCCCACGCUCAUGCCUGGCACCUCCAGCGGGCAGACGUCCCGCUUCAGCCGGAGCCACUACCACGGUUCAAGGAGGACGAGAUGUCUGAGAGAGCAGCGGAGCAAGAGCAAGAUCUACAAAAUGACGUGCAGCUUUGUUCUCUUGAGACGGGCGAAGUGAGCUUCAGUCUCCAUCAUUUCUUGCUCAUACCGCUGGCAAGUGAUGUGCCCAAGCUUGCGACCAGUACGCUCGGGCGUGCAGUUAGCUGCAAGCGGGCUCGCAUCAGUCAAGCCGUCUUGAAAAGGUUCGCCAACUAA